CACGUACAACAUAAACAUUAUCAUCAUCCUUGCAUUCUUUACUCUAAAAUAUGUGCCCGUCCCAAGAAUGCGCGAUGUGACGUGUGGCUUGUAGAGUUGUAGUGGUACAGUAAUUGAAAUAGAGAAUUCGCAUUUUAGUAUAUGUGUAAAAAACCACUUGUUGAUUCUCCAUUCAUAAUUUUUCGUAGUAUCGCGGAAAUCGAUAUUUUUCAAAAUAUUUUCAGCUCGUAGCUUAUGGCAAAUCGGUUUAAUGGCGUUUUAAUAUCCAGUUGUUUACAUUGUACCGAUAAUAUUCUUGGAACUGUUUAAUGAAGAACAUGUAAUAAAAAUGCCAUACAGCAGAAGCAGCGUUCACUCAAAUGGGUAUUCUCCGGAAUCCCAUCAAAGCAAUGAAUCUCCAACCUACGUAAUGGAACAUUUGGCUACUUUUUCGGUAGCCAAAGAAACAGGCAUCGUGUACCCAGCCGAUGGAAUGAGACGAUUGCUACAGCUAGAAAAGUCCAAUGGUAUUUGGUCGCAGAAGAUGCAUUUCAGAAUGGAUCCAAAUUGGGUUCUCAUCAUGGAUUACGAAACUGGGGUUGUAAUGGAGAAGUUUCCGGUCUCUGUGAUCCAAGAACCGACAGCGUUUACGAGUAACGAUCCUAUGGAAAUAUACAAUAAUAUAUUAGUGUUCAUUGUUGGUGACGAACGACAACUAAGCGGCUCGCAAUCGGAAAUGCAUAUUUUUCAGUGCCAAAGCAUAUCAGCUCAAGAUUUAGUAGAAGAUUUAAAAUUAUUAAGAAGUGGUCAUAUUUUACCAAGUCAUCCGAAACCGAGACAUAGUAUACCUCCUCCGCCUCCAACUCCACCACCGGAACCUCCACUUAAUGGAAUGAAAGUCAGAGAUCAAGUUUCUGUUUUCAAUGCUGCAGCUGCUCAUCCUCAUUCUGUGGAACCGGGUCGUGGUGGCAGCAGUGAAUUUGAAGGAAGGGAAGAUGAAACCAGUUCAACUUCCAGUGAGAAAUAUGAAAGAGAUGUGACUGUUUUGAAUCACUGUUUCGAUGAUAUUGAAAAAUUCAUCGCACGAUUGCAACACGCUGCGGCUGCGUCGCGUGAACUUGAAAGACGACAGAAGAGUAGAAAAUCAAAAAAGAAAGAUUUAGGAGAUGGUAUGUUGACCAUGCGAGCCAAACCUCCUCCAGAGAUCGAAUUCAUCGACAUAUUUCAAAAAUUCAAAUUGUCGUUUAAUUUACUGGCUAAACUGAAAUCACACAUACACGAUCCAAACGCUCCAGAAUUAGUCCACUUUUUAUUCACACCAUUGGCAUUGAUUGUCGACGCAUCCCACGAUACACAUUAUGGGCCUAAUCUUCCAGCCAGCGUUGUAACCCCUCUGCUGACCAAGGAAGCGGUCAAUUUACUUAUGCAUUGUGUCACCAGCAAAGAAACUGAACUGUGGCAUUCUCUAGGAGAUGCUUGGCUCGUGCCAAGAGAACAAUGGAAAGGUAACGUGCCACCUUAUCAUCCAAUAUUUAUGGAUGGCUGGUCACCGGAUUACCCAGUAUCUGAUAACAGAGGCUCGACCCCAUCUGAACAAAUUCCAUUAUCAGGAGAUAAACGAGGUCGAGAUGAGCCCAGAUCACAUCGCGAGGUUCAUGCAGAUCUACGAGAAGCUCAAUACGGCCGUAACCUAGACCACGGUCACGACGACAGUAGCGAUUACUUCGAUUACGAACAACAAGGCAGUGAUAUGGUUCCACCUGCUGCACCCCCAUUACCUCUGGUUGGUCAAUACCCAUACGAAGCUCACUCCAGACGUUACUCUCGCGAUGAAAGGGAAAUAUGUCACAGCCCGGACGCUGGCUCGGAUCCCGAAUUCGCCAGCAUGAUGCCGUCCCAUGUACACAACGUGCCUAGAGAUCGAGAUAUGGGCGCUCACAGCGACAUUUCAGCCGAUUCCAUCGAACGUAAUGGCGGCCUAGGAGAACGAUUCGAAAGGAACCAGAUGAGAUGGCUCGAUGAGCUAAGAAAUCGUGAUGCUAAAAUAGUUCAAGUUACAUAUCCGCGUACCGCCAACAAUGAUAAAGAACUGACUGUCGUUAGAGGAGAAUUCCUUGAGGUUUUGGAUGACAGCAGAAAAUGGUGGAAGACACGUAAUAGCAGAGGAGUAGUUGCUCAUGUACCGCAUACAAUUGUAACACCUUUCAGUUCAGUGACUGAUUCUAGUGAAGUGUUUAAUAAUCCGGUAUAUGGUAGAGGAUACGAUAGAGGCGGACGUCCUUAUAUGACAAAAGAAUCAAUGUCAUCGAUCGAACGAGACCACGUAGGUCCCAGCUCCGAAUCACCCCGAGGUACCAAAUCACCUGUCCAAGCGGGUGUUCCAGCUCCAGCUGAAUGGGUACGAAAAGAACGUCUCGGAAAGAAAGGAGAAUUUCGUUACUUCUAACCAAAACACUGAUUUCUACGCUUCUUCUUUCUCCGGAGCCGGAAUUUCAUCACAUUAUCUGAACUAGAUUAUUGGACUAUACCAUAUUUAUUUUUUCUAUUAGAUAUAUCUUCUUUUUUUUGACGUAUUUAUUUGACUGCGACAGUCGAGCGCAAAAUAUUUCCAAUAUCGCGAAAAUAAAAUUGUAUACUUCCCCCUUCCAUGUGCCCCUGUUCUGAACUUGAUUCUAGUUAACCUCAGGCAACUAUCUAAUUUAUUGAACAACGGACCAAUAAAACGCAGCCAAAGGAUAGCUGUAAAUUUUUUUAUAUUUUUAGUUCUGUGAGAGAUUGAGAUUAAUAGCCUAUAGUAAUUAUUACGUAUUCGUACGAAAGUUUUUUUUAUACUGCAGUAUUUUUUUUUCUGUUUAUUUUGCAAGUUUUAAUAUUUUUAAGUAAGUUGAAAAAAUUAUAUGUACUUAUUACGUAUAACUGAUUCCUAAUGUUUAAUGCUCGAAGGUGCUAUUGAAUAAACAAAAAGAGUGCAAUUCCAAAUACAGUACAUUUUUUUCUUCUUCAAAUUGUAGUGAAAUUUAUAAUUACUUAUUAUACUUAUUACUUUAAUCAAAAUUUGUUGUAUUAAUAUUUGGCUGGAAUCAGUUAUAGGAAAAAAAACAGUAUUAUGUCGAACGUAACAGUAUUUCAUAAACGUAAAUAUAUUUUUAUUAUUGUU